AUGUCGACCCCUACGGAAGAGGAGCUGUUCAAGUCAGUUGAGUCAGAGUUGAAAUUUAUUAUGGAUGAAGCGAGUGUGUCUCGCGACAUUCAAAAAUUGGUCUACAGCAAAGGUUUCACCAGUGUGCCUGUUUUUGUGGGCAUUGAAGAAUCCAAAGGCGAAGUGCGAAAAAUGUUGGCAUCGCUGUUGCCCUUGGACUACGCGGCCAGUGCGGAGAAUUGCAAACACAUGGCCCUCCUGCUGUCCACAUGGGACGCGGCACGCUUGCAGCUUUCCAUCCAUGAGAAAAACAAGGCAGAUUCUAAGUUGGGUGUGCAAGCCCGGCUGGUGCAAUCCACGGAACAGGCAUCCAUGACAGAGAAUGCUCCCUACCCUGAAGAUCUGCGUGAUGUGACCAGUGUGGAGGACGCAGCCACUGAAGCCUAUGAAUUGAGGCGUCGACAUCGGCGGAUUGGCUUGGCCUGGGAGAUGGUCCGCUCCAAGCACAUGAACCGGUCUUGGCUUCCUGAGCGCUGCACAGAUGCGUUCCGCAAGCUGAGUGAUCACGUUCUUGGUCCUCGGGUUGCGGAUUUGCGUUCAGGUGAUGGCAGAGCGCCUGCCUGGAGUUUGGUUUUGCAAUAUGAAGCGGAGCUCCGAAAGCACGCCUACAAAUUUGUCCGUGAUGGCGAGGCGGCCGACUUGGCUUCAGCCCUCACCAUGGCUUGCAAAGCCCCGGACAUCAUGAACAAUUUCUUCAUUGUCCCCUUCACUAUGCAGGUUCGUGCACCCGCCUUGGAGGUUGAGAGUGUGGUAGCAGGUUCUUCCGGAGGAGGAAAAGGUAAGGGCAAAGGUGCAGGAAAAAAUGGCAUUCUCAAAAGCAUUUCAAAGAAAAGUCAGACCGGUCGCAAGAAUGUUUGCUUUGCUUGCAAUCGCAAGAAAGGUUGUGAGAGGCCGACCUGCCCCUAUGCGCACAUUUGCCAGCGUUGCGGCGAACAGAUGCUCUGCAAGUGCCGGGAGGGUCGGUAUCCUUGGGCAAAGGAGGCCUUGGGAAUCCUCUCCCGAGAGGGUGUGGCCACGUGGGCGGAAGUUCCCCCUCUCCGAGGGGGCGAAGAACAGGAAGCAUCUUCAGAUGAGGAUGAAGAUGGCUUUCAGAAACCGCAGCUGGGAAGACUGGAAAAGUCCCCUUUCUGCGAUGAGCUGGUCCAGGAAGGCAGGGAACUACUCUUCUGCGCUCUAGAGCUUGUUGGCACCAAGUUGCCCGUGAGGAGCAGGCCGGAAGGGCAACCUUUCUUCUUGGCUGCGCUAGAGGAGCUGUUGAGAAUCAGCGGUGACCCAGACUUUCGGGCUUUCUACUCUUCCAGCGUUUCUUUUGCGCAUGGUGUGCGUGUGGGCUUCAAAUCAAAAACUCCUAGAGUGCGGGACGGUUGCACCUGUAGGGGCAUUAGGCCUACGCCUAAGCUGCGGCCUUCGCCCUAUCAGCUCACAGAUUUGAAGCUUGAUCAAAGGCGAGAGGUGAGUCGUAUCAAAGUGCCCUCUAGGUUUGGUAGACUGGAGGACGUUCCGGUUCCUUGCUGCUCGUCCAUCCAAGCAGUAGGCAGCAAGCGUAUUGCAGUGCGCAAAUUGACAACAGCAGCAGGGCCUAUGGGACGGAAGGCUGAAGCAGAGAGAGUGGAGCGGCUUGACCUAGCCCGCACGCUGGUAGGGCUGGCACGCGCAGUGGCCAAACACAGUCUAGUGUUAUCGGCUUUGGAGGGAGUCGAAGUUGAAGACAUUGCUUUCUUGUUUGGAGACCGUGCACCAGGAACUCUGCGGAAACACCUUUCAGGUUGGCGUAGGUGGGCGAGCUAUUGUCAGGGCUGUGCCGUGGAUGCUGGCUCCCCUACAGCCAAGGAACUACUUGAUUUUCUCUUAGCUUUAGCAGAAGGCGCCCGCUCUGACCGCGGAUCGCAGCGUGUUGGGGCUGCUCGUGGCGUUGUUCAUGCGAUGAAGUUCAUGGCUUUCAAAUUGGAAUUGCACAAGUUUCAUACUUUGCUGGCAGGACCGACAGUGUGCGCUUGGCUCAGCAGUGCCAAAUGGGAUAGGGCACCACCAAAUGAAGCGCUCCCUUUGCCACUGUUUGCGAGCUGGAAGAAGCUGCUGCUUCGGGCGCGGAAGAAGACUCUUGGGUGCUUGGUUGUUUGCUCCUCAUGCUAUGGGGAGCCCUCAGAUUCAGUGACGGACAGCGCAUUGAUCUGGCAUCGGUACAAGUUGAAGAUGGUGUGA